AUGAACGACUGUCUAUCUCUUCACUUUUCUCUACCACCAGCUCGUCUCAUCCAAUUUCCAUCCAUCCACCACACCUCAAUCAUCCGUCCAUCAGAUGCAGAAAGAUCAUGGACUAGGCCAUUCAACAUAUCUGCCGAGGUGUACGACUAUCCUCUGCAUAUCGCAUUCCCAAUCCUCUUUGCCAGCUCUUAUGUCCUAAUCAUCGCUUACCUCAACUCCAUCAAUCGCAAAAGAUGCCACAAGCCAUGGAGAUUGACCCAGACCCGCUCCUUUCACUACCUGGUGCUUUUCCACAACAUCGGCCUUGCAGUAUUCUCCGCAUGGGUGUUUUGCGGAUUGCUCUCGACAGUCUACAGAAACCUUCCAUCCAUAAAGCGAGAAGCAUACUCUGUGCACGUAGCCGCGACAUUAUGUCACAUCGAAGGAAGAUACAUUCUCCAUAAUAGCGUACUCAACGCCACGCGCAUUGUAUGGGAUACUGGUUAUGGUGAUGGCUUAUGGCAGAGAGGCCUAGGAUAUUUCUGCUGGGUCAUGUACAUGUCCAAGUACUACGAGGUGAUGGACACGGUCAUUUUGAUCCUGAAAGGAAAGGAGAUCACCUUCUUGCAAACAUACCACCAUUCCGGAGUCAUGAUCGGUUCGUGGGCGCUCAUGCGUUCGAUAUCACCUCACUGUCUGGUGGCUGCACUGUUAAAUAGCGGUGUUCAUGCAUUAAUGACGCUCAAGAUACCAGUCCCAAUGCACCUCAAGCGGACAUUGACGGCUGUACAGAUUGCCCAGUUCAGCAUUGGCUAUAUCCUAGGUCUGUGCUAUCUGUUCAUUGCGUAUAAUUCACCGCAUGCGCGCAUCUCAACUGGCAGGGAUGAUGUUCUGAACGAUGAAUUGCGGCAUACUGUGGUACCCUGUCUGCAUACCCCAGGUCACUUGGCCGUGCUACUGUUGGGGGGUCUGUACCUUGGGCCUCUGAUCUAUCUCUUUGUGCGGUUCUUUGUCCGUUCCUAUCUGUCUGCGGCCAAGGGGAAGAUGGAUUGA